AUGACAAAUCUUCCCUCGAGGCCCGGCCUGCUGAGCAAGCCUUCACAGCAGACAAGUGGACACGGUCUAGAGAAAAUUUCGCUUGGUAGCGACGAGCAUCUGUCAAGCAGUACAUCAUUUCGCCGCCCAACACACGAGCACGAUGCAUCCUUGUCACAAGCAUCGUCAACGUCUCUGGCGUCCUCGUCAACACGCUCGCACCAAUCAAGAUACAUAGAACGCGAUUCAGACUACGGAAGAGGCAUUCAGGACGAAAAGCGCGAUCGUGAUCAAACACGGUGCAGAUCCAGGUCACCUGAUGUCCAGAGGCAAGCGCCUUGGUUCGAUCAAGCAGCGAGGCGAUCAACAGCGUGGGAGGAUUGGCGAAUGCCGCGAACCGAUCCAAGCAGUCAGUCAUCAAACAAAGCAACUCAGGAAGCAUCGCCGAGCAAAAGUGCCGCUCCCAAAGUUUCUGCAACCGCUGCCAACAAGCGAUUUGCCAAUGACAUUUCUAGAUGGAAUCACAAGCAAUCCGAGCUGCACGCAACCCAAACAUCGCAGUCCGAAACUUCACCAAGCCCAAGCACUCUGACAUUGACUGAUUCAAAAUCAUCCCUCGCAGAUGCUGAGCUGGCCAGCUGCGACUACAAGGAUCUCGAACGGAUCGCCUGUCUGUUGUGCCAACGCAAAUUCAAGAGCGUCGAUACGCUUCAUCGGCACGAGAACGAGUCGCAGCUGCACAAGCACAAUCUCGCCAGUAUCGAGACGUGUCGACAGGCGAUGACGAGAAAGCUUGAGUCGGUCUUCGAUAAACCCUUGUCGUCUGACGUGACCCAAGUCAUUGAUGUCGCAUCACUAGGUUUUGACCCUUUGAGCUCGGAACAAGUCCAGCCUCCUCCUUCGACGCCGAUGUACCGAGACCGUGCCUCGGAACGUCGAGCCGUGUUUGGUGCAGAUACGCCCUCGAAGCACAAGGAUGCCAGUAAUCGAAGCAAGGUUUUUGCUGGCCCGAAGGCCAUCGUCGCAGCCCCAGCCGCGCACGAUAUGAUGCCACAGUCUGCGCCGGAGAAGCCCAUCGACAGCGACAAUAUCGGCAGCAAGCUUCUCGCCAUGAUGGGAUGGUCACGAGGCCAAGGUCUCGGCGCGAAACGCGAUGGCCGCACCGAUAUUGUUGAAACCAAGAUUUACAAGCCAGGUGUAGGUCUGGGAAGUAGCACUCCCUCUGAUACCGCUGCUCACCAGGAGAGAGCAUCUGCACAGACGAGUCACGUCGCUUUCUCGGGCUACGUGGAUCGCGCCAAAGAUCGUAGGUGA